AUAUUUCUUCUCUCCCUUUCUUUCCUUUCCAUCCCACGCUCGUUCACUACCUUUUCUCUUCUACCAAACUCCCAACACCUCUCUCUCUUUCUCUCUCUCUCUAAAAUGGGUUCUGAGUCUCUGGUUCAUGUCUUCCUUGUGUCUUUCCCUGGCCAAGGCCAUGUGAACCCACUACUGAGACUAGGCAAGCGCCUAGCUUCAAAGGGGCUGCUAGUCACUUUCUCCACAAGUGAAAGCAUUGGAAGGCAGAUGCGCAAAGCCAACAACAUCAUCGACGGCCAGCCCACUCCCCUUGGCGACGGCCAGAUAAGGUUCGAGUUCAUUGACGAUGGCUGGGACGAGGACGAAACCCGCCGCCAAGACCUCGACUUGUACUUGCCCCAAUUCGACCGCGUUGGCCGCGACCUACUCCCCCGUAUGCUCGCGAAAAACGCCGAAGAAAACCGCCCCGUCUCUUGCCUCAUCAACAACCCCUUCAUCCCUUGGGUAUCAGAUGUAGCCUCCGAGCUCGGCAUUCCUAGCGCCAUGCUCUGGGUUCAGUCCUGCGCCGCUUUUUCGUGCUAUUACCAUUACUACCAUGGCCUAGUCCCUUUUCCUUCUGAAACGGAACCCGAAAUCGACAUCCAAUUGCCCUGCAUGCCACUUUUCAAGUAUGAUGAGGUCCCAAGCUUCCUCCACCCUACCACUCCAUACCCCUUCUUGAGAAGAGCCAUCAUGGGUCAGUACAAAAAUCUCUCAAAACCAUUUUGCGUGUUGAUGGACACCUUCGAAGAGCUCGAACACGAGAUCAUCAAACACAUGUCCCAAUUCGUCCCGAUCAAAUCGGUCGGCCCCCUCUUCAAAAACCCUAAAGCGCCCGCCGCGGCUGUCCGGGGGGACUUCAUGAAGGCCGAUGACUGCAUCGAGUGGCUCAACUCGAAGCCCGCCUUAUCGGUCGUGUACGUGUCCUUCGGCACCGUUGUGUAUUUGCCACAAGACCAAAUCGACGAGAUCGCUUUCGGGCUUUUGGACUCUGGGGUCUCAUUUCUGUGGGUGAUGAAACCCCCACAUAAGGAUUCUGGAUACAAAGUGCAUGUUUUACCAGAAGGGUUUUUGGAGAAGGCAGGGGAGAAGGGGAAGGUGGUGCAAUGGAGUCCACAAGAGCAAGUGCUGGUUCACCCGUCGGUCGCGUGUUUCGUGACUCACUGCGGGUGGAACUCGUCCAUGGAGGCUCUCACCUCCGGCAUGCCGGUCGUGGCGUUCCCGCAGUGGGGCGAUCAGGUGACGGACGCGAAGUUUUUAGUGGACGUGUUUGGGGUUGGGGUGAGAAUGUGCAGGGGGGAGGCUGAGAACAAAUUGAUAACGAGAGAGGAGGUGAAGAAGUGCUUGGCGGAGGCCAUGACGGGGCCGAAGGCAGCGGAGAUGAAGGAGAAUGCGAAGAAAUGGAAGAAGGUGGCGGAGGAGGCUGUAGCGGAGGGUGGCUCCUCCGACCGGAACCUGCAAGAUUUUGUGGACGAGGUUAGGACGAGAAGUGUUGGGAUUGCCGCGAGGAAGUUGGCCCCUAAUGGAACUGUGAAUGGAAAAUGUUGAGUUGGCGCGGUAGGCGGAUGCGUUUGUGGGAUGAAGUGAUUGGGAAGGAGUAGCGUGAAUGACACCAACAACCAUUCUCGGCAUAUUUGGCUUCUUCUUCUACCUCUCUCUCUCUCUCUCUUCUUUACAUCCUUCUUUUCUCCAAUGCAUAAAAAGGCGCUGUUGGUUGGUGCUGUGGUAUUGUUGUGCUUUUGUUUUAAAUGUUGGUGGCGGCUGUAAUAUAUGUGUUUUUCUUAUCUUAGUUUUAUUCUCCAAUAAAUAAGUGAAGGGGCUGUAACAUUUUGUAUGUUUUGUAAUAAAUUUUUUAAUUGCAGUUUUUUU